UUGGGGAAUCCGCCACACACUGACGGCCCGCACGACAGUGCGAGUAGCUCGGUCGCAGCACUGCAGCAUCUUUCCACUGAGCCACCCCGGACAUCCGCAAACAGUCGGCCGGCAGCCCCUAGCACUCUACCACUGACUCCUUCACAGUGGGACUGGCUGAAGCAGAACGCUAUGCGUAUUCCAAAAAAUCCGAUGAAAAAUCCGAAAAUACUAGGCAAAACACUGUUCAAACAACCACACCGUAAAUAUGACACUUUGACUAGAGAACGUUUUGCCGAAGAAUACGGGCACCGUGGAACGAAACAGGCGACGCCCGAUUCCGAAAGCUCGGGUUUCCCUGACGCUUACAGACAAAAAUGGUCGGCUCAGGUAAUGUCUUAUUCUCAUUUACAUCCGUCCUCCUACAGUGCGGAAGAGCACGGGAAAAGUGUGAAGCUCGAUCCGUCACACACUCCCACAAAUGGUGUACUGAAAAGUGGCAUUUCCAGAAGAUCAGUGCACGACAAGAGCUUACGGCCAAAGAGCGACGUCCCACACGUCACUCCGUCCGGAUUCCGUGACGGACCGGACGGCAGCCGGCCACGGAGGACUCUGACGGACAGAGAAACUCGCUCUGGUGAAGCCGACACUCAAAUUAGGGGAAACGUAUUUGCGAGGGAGGGUCUUCCCAGGGAUGUCCGACACGCUUACCCUACAUUCAGUUCUCCCUCGCAGACAGGUGGAAUGAAAGAGAGGGGACACUCGUCUCCGUCUGAAAACCGGAGGCAACCGGAGGGUACCUUCUUCGGAGUGGCGUCAUCUUCGGCCAAAAAUCGACUGAAACGCUCCGGCGAGUACGACGGCGAGCACGACGAGAGUGCAGUCUGGAACACACUGCUCGCAGACCUCGCAAACUGGCCGGCCAGUGUCGGGAUCGCGCCGUCCGAGUUGACCCCGCCCGUGUCAUUCCUGACGUCGGUAAAUGAAUCUUACCCUCACACAGUGAGUGGCCCCCCACGCAGGUCGUUCUACUGGUACUUUAAGUUACUGAGGGCUUUUAUGCCAGGUGGGAAUGUCGCUCGGCGGAUAGACUUGUACAAGAAGAAGCUGAUUUGGGGACCUCCGAUCACUUACGACGAAUUCGCACCGCUCAAACCGCUGAAUAGGGAUGUCGAAGAUGACGAGCAAAAUCGGGCAGAUGAACGUGGCGACGGAAUACAUCGAGCUGCAAAUGGAAAUACCACGACUACAGAGGUGCCUGAAAAUAGGCAGUUCGGUGGCCCUGAUGGACUUGCUCCGGGAACAGUUGCAUACGUACAUAUUCCCAGACAGGUGCGUGAAGUUAAAAAUGACUUUCUGAUGACCCCUGGUGCUGGAAUACAGCACGGAACAGAUGUUGACUUUGUCAGUACUGAACUGAGGGUGAAGGAUGAAAGCCGUACUGCAGGAAACCGUACCGAAAGCUACAGUGGAUCGGCAAACGGUGCAGAUGUUUCAGAUCGUACAGACAGUGGAAUUUCCAUGGGGACAGUUGAAGUGGGAAAAGAAACCACACUUUCCACAGUUGAUACACAAAAAGAGACCACACUUCCCACAGUCGACACAAAAAAAAAGACUGCACUUCCCACAGUCGACACACAAAAAGAGACUGCACUUCCCACAGUCGACACACAAAAAGAGACUGCACUUCCCACAGUCGACACACGAAGAGCGACUGCACUUCCCACAGUCGACACACGAAGAGAGACUCCACUUCCCACAGUCGACACACGAAGAGAGACUGCACUUCCCACAGUCGACACACGAAGAGAGACCGCACUUCCCACAGUCCAUAUACGAAAAGAGACCGCACUUCCCACAGUUGAUACACCUAGAGAGACCACGCUUUUCACAGUCGAUACACGAAAAAGUAGUUCAGUUUCCACAAUUGAUGCACAAAAAGAGAUCACAAUGUCUUCAGUUGAUACACAAAGAGACACCUCAGUGCCUAGAGCUGCAGGACAACCGAGCUCACAGCCCACGGUCAGUACCAGUAAACUGAUCCUGUGGCCUACCGUUAAGAGGAGGAUAGAGGCUGUAGAACGCAGUGAAGAGAAAUAUUCUGCUUCAUUUACUGGCGAUGACGAAGAGGGAGACAGUGAGAAUCAAAACCAGGAGCAGGCAGAGUUUUAUGAUAAAAUAAAGCAAUUUGGAGCAGACGAUGGCACGAAUGCUGCACAGAAAGUGGCUUCCAUUUUUGGUGUAGCACUCACCUUGGUGCUCACGUGGAUUUCCGUGCCACAAAUUUAAGAAUGCGUACCCAAAUAAGCGUUAAAAUAAAUAGUUCAAUUUCCUAAUAUACAUUUUCUUGAUGUCUG